AUGAACAUUUGUAGUCUUAACCUGUUGUUGUUUUUUUUGUUUUCUUUUCUUCCCCUUUCCAGGUAUAAAAUGGGGGAUGAUGAUGAUGCUGGCUGGCUAAGUGUGUCUCCAGAGACGGGAGUGAUUAAAGUCAGGAACCUUAUGGAUAGAGAAUCUGUUUAUGUCAAAGAUGGCAAAUACAGAGCUAUCAUUUUGGCCGUGGAUGAUGAUGCAACAUCUCCAGCGACUGGCACAGGAACCCUGAUAAUUGAAUUGGAGAAUGUAAAUGACAACGCUCCUAUUAUUAAUGAAAGGAAUAUAAAAAUUUGUAAUCGUGGAUCAGCCCCAGUUCUUCUCUCUAUAACGGACAAAGAUGGACCUCCUUUUGGUGCACCCUUUAGCGUUGAGGCCCAAGGAGAAACCAGUAAAAACUGGUCCACCUCGAUGAAUGACACAUCAACUGGUGUUUUUCUGCAACUCAAGUCAACAUUGGAGCAAGGGGACUACAAUGUAGUUCUGAGAGUUUAUGAUCAACAUAGGCUGUAUAAGGACAGCUCCAUUCAAGCAACUGUGUGUGACUGCACAGGAGAUGAAUUCCGGUGUACUGACAAAGAGUUAGCGGGGAUGACACUAUCUGGAGUUCUUGGGAUCCUGGGAGCAAUCUUGGCUCUGCUGCUGCUCGUUCUUCUUCUGCUUUUGUUCCUGAGGAGGAAAAGCAGUACCAAAAAAGAACCCCUCCUUCCUGAAGAUGAUGUAAGAGACGACAUCUACUAUUAUGAUGAGGAAGGCGGUGGAGAAGACGAUCAGGAUUUUGAUUCGAGUGUGUUGCAUUGUGGCUUGGACAACAGACCUGAAGUGUUCCGAAAUGAUGUGGCGCCCACUUUCCUGUCAGCACCUCAGUAUAGACCACGACCAACCAAUCCUGAGGAGAUUGGGACAUUCAUUGAUGAU